AAACCGUCAAAACCUACGAUAUAUAAAAUGUCAUUCAUACAUACACCAUACACACAUCCAUAGAUAUCAAGCAAAAUAUUGUUUUUAUUGAAUAUCCAUCAUACAUCCAUUCAGUUGUAUAAAAAACCAACGAAAGGCGACAGUAGCUGGUACACACAUUAAAGCAUAACUUAUCAUGAGUAUUUUUUUUUUUGAAUUUGCAACUUGAGUGCUGGAACUGCUGAGCAUUUUGUUGUGUUAAAAUCGGGUCAAUUCAACGUAUUGACGAAAUCGAUAAAACGUUUCUUUUCUAUGUGGAAAUUUUCCGGGGAUUUUAAUUACCGAAGGCAAUGACACUUUCAAUUGUUUAAGUGGUUUUUAAAGUAUACGAAACUCUAAACGUUUUCGAUUGUGAGUAUUCAGUGAAGAGCCUUUGAGCAAAAAGAAAAACAAUUUUGAAGGUUAACUCCUCCGUGUGUGCAUACAUGUAUGAUUCAGCCAAAUAAUGAAUGAAGCACAAAAAACUCAUGAUUUUUCAUUGGGGAAUGUGUCGCAGGACAUACCGAUGACCACAACUUCCCAAGAUCAGCCGUCCGUUUAUUUAGUCGAAACAUUCUACAUAACAUCGAAGAAGAACACCGUUUUUCAAGUUCGAUUAACCGAAAAGGGUCUAAGUCUACGUAAAAAGAGCAAUGGUUCGUCGAAAGAGCAAACAAUUCUGCUGGAGGAUAUAAUCGGUUGCCGUUGUUUACGUAGUAAGCGAAAACGUAAUGCAUCGUGUGCAUGUUCGUCGGUGCCAGGGAAUGAAUCGAAAUUGAGAGUCGUUGAAGAUAGUUCGGUUGAUUUGGAUGAAACAGAUGUCAGCGCCUAUUUGUACAUUUAUGCGUACAUCUUGAAGAAAAAUCGACGAGGUGGUCAUCGCGAACGAACAACGCUUACGCUUCGGUUUCGUUCCUUCGACAAAUAUGAGGACAACAACAAAGAAGCUCAAAAGUGGCGAGCAGCAAUCAAAAAACUGCUGGCCGAUAGAAUGUCCAUUACUCCGCACGGAUACACAGUGAAAGACAUGCGAAAGGUAUUGAUUUUGGUCAAUCCGAAGUCUGGAUCGGGCAAAGCCAGAGAAACGUUUCAACAGCGUGUGGCACCAAUAUUCGUUGAAGCGGAAAUUCCAUACGAAUUGCAUGUUACAAAACAUGCAAACUAUGCACGAGAUUUCGUGCGAAACAAAGACAUUCACAUUUAUAAGUACAUAGUGGUGGUUGGUGGUGAUGGCCUGUAUUUCGAAGUAAUAAACGGAAUGUUUGAACGUGUUGAUUGGGAACGUGCAAUAGCCGAAAUUUGUAUCGGAAUAAUUCCCUGCGGGUCAGGAAAUGGACUAGCCAGAAGUAUUGCUCAUAGCUACAACGAACCUUAUAAUGCAAAGCCUAUACUGAGUGCAACAUUAACAAAUGUCCGUGGCAAAUGUAACCCCAUCGAUUUAGUGCGAGUUGAAACGAAGUCGCAGAUAAUGUUUUCCUUUCUAUCCGUUGGAUGGGGCUUGAUAUCAGAUAUUGAUAUCGAAAGCGAACGGCUACGUUUGAUCGGUUAUCCACGAUUUACCCUCUGGUCCAUUCAUCGUUUGAUCAACCUUCGCACAUACCAUGGUACGGUGUCGUAUUUACCAGCCAGUAGCUACAAAAUCGAGCAGACUCCUCAACCGAAUCGCAUUUACAAAACAAAUCUUAAGCACAGCAUCAGCUGUGGCAAUACGCUGGAAUGUAUGGAUUGCAGUGAAGAUGGCGAAUGUGAAGCAUGUGAUACAGGUUUCGGCGACGUAUUAUCACUCGAAACGAGUGGCGGUGCGGAAACCGACUCGUUCCGUCCGCGACUGGACAGUUGGUAUUCUGCCAAUUCACGGAAGAGCGCCUAUUUCUCAACAACUGACAGCUACUAUCAGAGCGUGGCCGAGAAAACAUCGAACGGUAGCGAUCAAGUCGAUUCAAGUGUACCUGCUCAAAUGUACGGACCAGCCGCAACUAUUCCAUCGCUCAUCACACCCAUCCCAGACGAUUGGACCAUUGAAACUGGUGAAUUUUUGAUGGUCCAUGCCGUGUCGCAAACCCACAUAUCAUCCGAUUGCUUCUUCGCACCAUCAUCGGCUCUAAAUGACGGCGUCAUCUGGUUAUGCAUCAUUCGCGGUGGGGCUAGUCGCAAGGAGCUGUUGAAAUUCUUUCUGGGUAUGAGUUCCGGUACACAUUUACCGAACGUACCGAGCGAUUACAUUAGCAUGAUACCGGUGAUGGCGUUCCGAAUCGAUCCGAUAGUUGAUUCGUCGGAGGAGAAAUACGGCCAUUUGACGGUGGAUGGUGAAAAGGUCGAAUAUGGGCCGAUUCAAGGUGAAAUCUUUCCAAGCAUUGCCAAGGUCAUGGUACCAAAUUUUUCGUUAUAAUAGUGAAUGUGUCCGCAGUGAAGAGAAAGCAAGAAACGAUUACGAUCUAAGCUCUUUGUUAAUCUAAUCUAAUGGUAGGAACUAUGUUUUGUGUGUUUGUCGUGUUUGGUCAUCGUCAAUUAGCUGCAUUGGGAGGAAUAAUUGAACAAGAGAUAGUUUUAAGACUAAGUAGUAUAACAUAUUGUUAACUGAGAUUAUUCUAAUUAAAAAGUGAAUGUUAGGAAUGUUGAAAAUGAAAAUUAUUAUUUCAGAUUAAUAUAUCUCCGGUUAAAUUAACUGCAAUGGUUUUUUCUUCGUCACUACAUACAAAUGAUUCUAAACAUUAUUUUUUUGUUACACGUGUGCUACACACAAUUACGUCGAUUUUAUUGGGACAAUUUUUUUUUUAGUUUCCUUAAUUUGUUAUGUUUUUUCUUUGUUAAAAAUGAAUUAGAAUUUUAUUUAACAUUUUUUCCAUUGUACCACUGUUUAACUUGAAUUUUGUCACAAAAUUGAAUUGUUAAUGGAGAACAAAACAAAACUUUGCAUUUGAACAUUAAAAGUACUAAUUUACCACUGAUUUGCAAAUAAA